ACUGGUCUGUCGGUGAAGAUAGUGGACUGGUUUGAUUUUGGGCAGACUGGUCAAGGUAGUGGACUGGUUUGUGGUUUUGUUUUUGGGCAGUUGGAGUCAAGGCGCUGGUUGCUAGGCAGUCGGAGAAGUUUCGGUUUCUGUGGGCUGUUGCUUGCUGUUUCGGUUUCGAUUUCGGUUUCGGUUUCGAUUUCGGUGGGAUGCUCGUUUCGGUAG